UGAUUGGUUGACGUAAAUCACAUGUAAUACUUCCGCCAUAUUGUCGAGACAGAGAAGUUGAGCACUUCGUUUUAUCAGUGAACUGAUCGUGGAGCUGAGGGCGAUCUGAUCCUCCAUGGACGAGAGACGAUCGUCUGGCAGGGCAAAACGUCAAAAGCCCAUAGAUGAAGGAUCAUGGGAUUGCAGUGUGUGCACAUUUCAGAACCCCGCAGAAGCGUACAAGUGUGAAAUGUGUGAUGUCAGGAAAGGGACAUCCACAAGGAAACCCAGGCUGAGUGCUCAGAUUGCAGCGCAGCAAGUAGCACAACAGUACGUGCCUCCUCCUCCCCCUCCCCCUCCUCCCAAAAAGGAGCGGAACCACUAUAAAUCGGAGGAAUUCGUUAACGAUUCCUCCUCCAACGACAGCUGUGAUGUAAAAACUCUUAGCAAUACAAACUCUCAAAGUGUGGAAACUCACGCCAACAAUACCAGUAAUAAUUUCAUUAUCAAAAAAGAGAAGAAUAACUCUCAUUCCACGAAGAAGUCGGCAAGGUCGACCCCCAAAAUUGACAGAAGCAGUGCGGAGACUAUAUCUGUUACUGUUGGAAGCGUUACUGUGGCAAUUACAGACUACAAACCGAAAUUCGAGAAAAAAACGUCAUCAUCUUCAGCUGAUAUACUUCAGAAUGUGACGUCAGACAACAGUAACUGUUCCAUGCUUAGCGGCAUAAAUCGGCAUACCGAGGACUUUGUUGGAACCGGGAGCAAUCAUUGACGCAGAAUUUCACCAGUGUUCAUACCAAAUAAUGAUUUAUUCAAGAUAUACCCAAAGCCAACACAUGCGCACAUAUCAUACAAAGGCACCGGGUGUGAAGGUGCUAGAUUAGUUUUGUGUGUGUGUGUGUGUGUGUGAGGGUGUGUGUGUGUGUGUUUCAUCUUAAAUGUUGCAUUAAGGAGUCCGUCGCCUUCGUUUGCCAGCAUUGACGUAUUCCUGUCAAGAAUUAUAUUAUCUCAGCGUUUUUGUGAAUGGGUGACAAGAUAUACCUUUGAAUAUUCUUUAUCAAUUAAAAUCUAUGAUAAUGUUGUGGUGAGAACUUUUUUUUAUUGGUUUAUCUGUAUGUCAUGAUUAUGCUUGUGUUUGAACCAAAAGUGUAUAUUUAAGGAUGGGUUAUUUAUUUCUUUGCUAUUUGUACAGAGCAUGAAUUAAUAAUUUCGCAGCAUCUUACUGCCAAAUGUUCAUUUUUACCCCUCUUUGGAUUAAAAAAGUGUUCCUAGAUUUGCAAGUAAAACGAUUGGCCUGAUUAACCUUUUUAAAAUCAAAAGAAUGAUAUUGUGAUCUUUGAAAAAAGUAGCAUAAUACAUAAACACUUUUAUAAGCAAGUUUCAUCUUUUGUUUAAGGAAAAAUAUUUAAGAAGGAGAAUUCGCCUGUUGAAAGUGAAAUUAAUCAAAGGCACGACAAUUGAUGUCAUUAAGCAUUUAGUAGUUCUAAGAAAAAUUUUAUUUGAGCAAUGUAUCUGAAUGCUUUAAAUAUGCACUUUAUUUAUGAAGGAUGAAACUGAGAAUAUAUAUAUAUAGAGAGAGAGAGCAUGUACUUGACGCAUUUUGAAAUAUUUUAUGGAACUCUUGGUUGUCUUGUCACUAGUUGAUUAAUAAUGCAUCCUUUUACUUGCUUUAUUGAAUGAGAGAGUGAAAUGUUGACAAAAUGUUUAAAAGUAUGAAAAGUUGACUUGUCUGGUAUCUGCAGAGUCUGCCAUACUCAGUUUUGUUCUUGAAGAAUAUAUGCAUAUAAUGAAUGAA